GAACUGCUGGAACACAAAAUAUCCACACCAUAGUUAAAAAAAAAAAAAAAAAAGCCCCUUGUCUCACUCUCUCUCUUCCCGAAAUCUAGUUAAGCGUUGCCAUGGAAUUUAUGUUUGCAUACUUAAAUGCCAUCACAGCAGGACUUAUUGCCAUACUUCUGUUCGCCUGCUAUAUAAGGAGGUCUACAGCCGCCAAGAAACCUCAACCGCCCAAAGCCGGUGGUGCGUGGCCCAUAAUUGGUCAUCUCCCUUUGUUAACAGGAUCCCAAGUUCCCCACAUAUCAUUGGGAGCUUUAGCUGACAAGUACGGACCAAUCUUCACCAUUCAGAUUGGGAUACACCAAGCCUUGGUGGUGAGCUCUUGGGAAUUGGCUAAGGAAAUUUUCACUACCAACGAUAUAGCCGUGUCUGGCCGCCCUAAUUUCACUGCGGCAAAGUACCUGGGCUACGAUAGUGUCAUGUUCGGGUUUGCACCAUAUGGAGAUUAUUGGCGUGAAAUGCGCAAGAUAAUAUCCGUGGAACUGUUCUGUAGUCGCCAGAUUGAGUUACGCAAGCACGUUAUAGAAUCUGAAGUUGAAACGUCCAUAAAAGAGCUCCACAAAUUCUGGACGGAGAAAGAGAAUGGCUCAGGCCACGUUUCAGUUGAGUUGAAACAAUGGUUCGGUGACUUAGGUCUUAACGUGAUUCUUAGAAUAAUUGUGGGGAUGAGACACUUUAGUGCUACUGCUGGGACUGAUAGAAAAGAAGUGGACCGGUGCCGUAAGGCGAUGAGAGAAUUCUUCGAUUUUCUGGGCCUGUUUGUUUUGAGGGAUGCAAUACCUUUUCUUGGUUGGCUGGACGUGGGUGGACAUGAGAAGUGCAUGAAAAAAGCUGCUAAAGAACUUGACGAGCUUGUCAGUGAAUGGUUAGAGGAGCAUCGCAAGAAGAGAGAUUCUGGUGACUUGGCUAAAAAAGAACAAGACUUCAUGGAUGUCAUGCUUUCGGUUCUUGAAGAAACUCAAUUUGUAGGUUACGACUCUGAUAUGAUCAACAAGUCUGCAUGUUUGAAUUUAAUUGCAGGGGGCAGUGAUACCACUACAAUUGUCCUGACAUGGAUAGUUUCAUUACUGCUGAACAACAGGCACGUAUUGAAGAAAGCACAAGAAGAAUUAGACAUGCUGGUUGGCAGAGAAAGACUAGUGAAUGAAUCAGAUAUUAGUAAAUUAAUUUAUCUCCAAGCAAUAAUCAAAGAAACACUGCGAUUGUAUCCACCAGCUCCAUUGUCAGGACCUCGAGAAAUUAGAGAGGAUUGCACCAUCAGUGGCUACCAUGUAAAGAAAGGAACUAGGCUGAUUCCAAACCUUUGGAAGAUCCACACAGACCCACGCAUAUGGCCAAAUCCAUUGGAGUUUAAGCCAGAGAGAUUUCUUACUAGCCAUAAGUACAUUGACGUUAAGGGACAAAAUUUCGAAUUGAUCCCAUUCGGAAGUGGUAGAAGAGCAUGCCCUGGAACAUCAUUUGGCCUUCCAACGGUACACAUAGCAUUGGCUAGCUUUCUACAAGCUUUUGAGAUUUUAAAUCCUACAAGUGGACCUAUUGACAUGACUGAGAGUCCUGGAUUAACGAACAUCAAAGCCACCCCACUUGAAAUUUUGGUUUCGCCACGCCUGCCUCUUGAGCUUUACCACAUACAAUGAAUAUUAGUGCAAAUCAAUAUCAAUAAAUUAUAAAUAUGUAAGAAAAGUUUUUUUUUU